CUCCAUUCCAGUUGUGGGGGGUAAUGCACCGUUGCGUUGUUUUCCAACCGCAUUAAAACGCGAAGAAGAAGAAGAAACGUAAUUUCCGGGAUGCAAUACUAUCUUUAACUGAAUAGAUUGUAGCUUUCGGUUCUUGCUGAUUCUGCGAUAUAAACCUAUUUUUGUGUGAUAUUUAAGAGGGUGGCUGUCAGAAGACAGCUAUUUCUAUGAAUUUAAGGUGUAAGUCUACCGUGCGCCUCUUUCACCAUUAGCAUGAAGAAAAGGAGUUCAGAGAAAAAACGCCAUGUGGUAGCAUGGGUCAACAAAGCUGAGUGGGAUCAGGUUCUGGAGUAUCUUUACUCCAAGGAUUCCGCCUUACAAAGGCACGCACUGCAGAGGAUAUCGGCUUGGAAAUGCAGGUAUGCCAACAGCUGUCCUGUGGCAGUGGAGUGCACAGCGGACCUGGUGAGGUGCCAGGUGCUGGACCGGUCAGGCAAGCUGGACGGGGAAGAUCUGGUCUUGCUCUAUGGAGCGGCCCUGGUGAGGUUUGUCAACUUGAUCACUGAGCGACAGCAGGGCAGAACAGCCCAACCACUGAGGCGGCUGGCUGGGAACCUGAACAUCCCAGAGUGGGUUGUAGACCUGAGGCAUGAUUUCACACACCGGAAGCUCCCUACCUUGAAAUGGUGUAGGAAAGGAUGUAAAGUGGUUCUGGAGUGGCUCCAGCACGAGUACUGGUCCAGGCAGUUGGGAGGAGGGCCUAAUGAGGACUGGGAAUCACAGUCGGAUGGAGAGGAUGAGGAGAUUGACCUAAAACGCCAAGAGGACGAGCUCAUUGCAAGGCAAAAGGAAAUGGAAGCCUACAAGAAUGCUCGGGAACUGAUGAUUUCUUUUGAAAAGGAGCAGUACCAGGCUUUUGGGGGGCAUUCUGAAGACAAAGAGAAGAGCUUGUGGCCAGCCCCCUUUGCAGAUAUGAGCUGGUUACUAGGAGAGAUCAAGCAGUUUGCUUUGGAUUCAAGUGGUUUGCUGAUCGACGUGUUGUUGGAAGAUGGAUUUCUGGUUCCUACUGUUGAACAACUGGAAACAUUAGGCUGUGACACUUCUGCCAGUGUUAGUCCCAGUCCCACUGAACCCAGACUCCCUCAAACCUUUCUGCGUUUUUGGCUGCCCCUCCUGAAGAUGCUCAACUCACCAGCCUUUGUUCAUCUCCUCCUGGAGAAGCUCUUUGUUGAAUUGAAGCUGUUCGCCAAAGAGCAGAAUAAUCACAGGGCUUUCUACCUUUCUGCUUGGAUUUCGGAAGUCAUCAUCUGUAACUGCAACAAAUUUGAAUACCAUUUUGAAACAAAGGGACAGAAAAAGGCCAGAAUGAAGGACAGGAUUUUUGUAAACCGCAUCCAGCUGAGGUGGCAGCAGCUGCUCUCAGCAUGCCUGGAUGCUCCCUGUAUCAGCACGCCUCACUUGCUACAGUUAAUCCUGGAUGACAUGGAGCAUCCUCUCCCUCUGGAAACCAGACAGAGGCUGUUCCAGCUCUGCUCCAUCUACACACAGACCGCGCACUCAGAAUUUGAUCCUUCUCCGGAGCAGAAACAACAGCCCAUAUACACACUGGAGAGUUUGCAUGAGAAGCUGCAGCAUUCACGGCACCACGGCCAUCCUUGGCGUUCCAGGGCUGACUCAGAGAGGAGCGAGUCCUCCCAGGAGUACAAAUGGGCAGAUGUCCAGGCUGAAAAAGCAAAGUUGCUCAGAGGUUCUCCGUGGCAGGUGUGUGCUGAUAAAGUGUUGUGGAAGAACUAUCCUCUUGGAAAAGUUCCUGGACAGUCAGAUGACCCUUCAUGCCUCAUGAUGGAAAACUACUCAACAAUGACUGUCUUUGACCAGCCAGUGGAGUUGGAUGGCAACACGACACACAGCAUCCCAGGAGUCUUUGCACCAUUGAGAACAGCGGAUGGACUUCUUUGGAACCACAGUGAUGUCAACAAGCUGAAAUCUGGACUGCAACUUUUUUAGGUCAUGUUGUAAUCCAGUGUGAAAUACCGGCCUUUAGCUGCGUUGAUGAACUUUUGCUUUCUAUUGUUUUUGACACUUGGAAAAAAGAAAAACAUUGGUCAAACUAUGUAAACUUAAACAUAAAACAAACAAGUAAAGCAGUUGAUUAAGUGAUUUAUUUAAUCCACACAAAAGUCCUUAAUUUGAAUCAUUUGUAAGGCAAGAACGCCAAACUUUCACUGGUUCGACCUUCCUAAAUGUGAGGAUUUGCUACGUUUGUCUGUUCUAUAAUUUUGGAUUGGAACAAAAGAUUAUUAUUACAAUUUAGUGCAAAUAUUUCUCAAUUAACAGCAAAAAUACCCAUUAUAAGUUCCCAGAACUCAAGGUGAAAUAUUCAGAUACUUUUCUAUCUGACCAACAGUCCAAAACCCAAGUGUCUAACUUUUUGUAGGCAAGAAAGUUUCAUCACCUUAUAAAAAAAAAAAAAUCAGCAUAU